AUGAGAGCUCUCGCCUCGCCCGCCGCCUCCUUCCUCCCGGGGAUCCCGAGCCCUAGCCCUCGCGCGCGCGCGCCUCCCCGUUCCGCGGCGGCCGCGCUCUCGCGGGCCCCUUCCGGUCGGCGCUCCGUCACCGCCGCCGCCGCGGCCGCCACCGGGGACCACUGGGGCGCCGACCACCAGCACUACCACGGAGGACGCGCGGGCGCGUCGGAGGCCGGGCCCACCGGGUCGGCGCGCGGCGUCAAGUGCGACGUGGACGUGGUGUCGUGGCGGGAGCGGCGGGUGCUCGCGUCCGUGCCCGUGGCCGCCGACGUCGACACCCUGUGGCAGGUCAUCACCGACUACGAGCGCCUCGCCGACUUCAUCCCCAACCUCGUCCAGAGUGGGACGAUUCCGUGCCCGCAUGAAGGGCGGAUAUGGCUGGAGCAGAGAGGCCUGCAGCAAGCGUUGUACUGGCACAUUGAGGCGCGCGUCGUGUUGGAUCUCCAGGAAAUCCAUGACUCCAUUAAUGGGCGGGAACUCCAUUUCUCGAUGGUAGAUGGUGACUUCAAGAAGUUUGAAGGAAAAUGGUCCAUAAGAUCUGGUCCAAGGUCCUCUAGUGCAGUUUUGCUGUAUGAAGUUAAUGUGAUACCAAGAUUUAACUUCCCGGCUAUAUUUCUUGAAAAGAUUAUAAGGUCUGAUCUUCCUGUAAAUCUUGGUGCCUUGGCUUGUAGAGCUGAAAAGAUUUAUCUGGAAAAUCAAAGUUGUGGUUCGAGAAAAUUCUCUGUUGAGGACUUGAAGCCAUCAUCUACUUCUUCUCAGCUUGAUAAAUUACAUAGUACGUCAGUUGAUACUUCUUCUAGUAAGUUCAAAGAAGCACCUCCCACUUCUGGUGUUAGCAGUGUGCUUCCAUCACCUGCUUCUGAAUUGAUUAGCAAAUGGGGUGUAUAUGGAAACGUAUGCAGAAUUGAUAGGCCUUGCGUGGUAGAUGAGAUCCAUCUUCGAAGAUUUGAUGGCAUGUUGGAACAUGAGGGGGCUCAUAGGCGUGUUUUUGCUAGUAUCACUGUGAAAGCACCAGUUCGAGAGGUAUGGAAUGUUCUCACGGCAUAUGAGAAUUUGCCCGAAUUCGUACCAAACCUGGCUAUCAGUAGGAUUGUUCUUCGUGAUAAUAACAAGGUCCGCAUAAUGCAGGAGGGUUGCAAAGGCCUGCUGUAUAUGGUCCUUCAUGCCCGUGUUGUUAUGGAUCUUCGUGAAAAAUUUGAGCAAGAGAUCAGGUUUGAACAAGUUGAGGGUGAUUUUUACUCGUUUAAAGGGAAAUGGCGCUUAGAACAACUUGGGGAUCAGCACACCCUGUUGAAGUACAUGGUUGAGACUAAGAUGCAUAGGGACACCUUUCUCUCUGAGUCUAUCCUUGAAGAGGUCAUAUAUGAAGAUCUUCCAUCAAACUUGUGUGCAAUCCGUGAUUAUAUUGAAAAGGCUGGAGCCAAGGGUAGCAACUCCACAGCUCAUUCUGAUGUGUCCAUAGACCCAGAUGCUUAUCAUGCUGAAAGCAGGCAAUCUGAGCAAGCAUCUGUGUCUUGCUCACCCAGUACCAUGAAGCAGAGACCAAAAGUCCCAGGGUUGCAAAAGGACAUUGAGGUCCUAAAAUCAGAGCUUGAGAAUUUCAUUGCAGAGUAUGGUCAGUAUGGUUUCAUGCCUAAGAGAAAGCAUCUCCGGUCUCAUGGAAGGGUGGAUAUCGAGAAGGCAAUAACACGAAUGGGUGGGUUCCGGAAGAUUGCCAGCAUAAUGAACCUUUCUCUUUCUUACAAAAAUCGAAAACCAAGAGGCUAUUGGGAUAAUCUGGAGAACUUGCAAGAAGAGAUCAGCCGGUUCCAGAAAAGUUGGGGGAUGGAUCCUUCUUAUAUGCCAAGUAGAAAAUCUUUUGAGAGGGCAGGUCGUUACGACAUUGCUCGGGCAUUGGAAAAAUGGGGUGGGGUGCAGGAGGUUUCACGCCUUCUCUCUCUUAAACUAAGACGUCCUAGAAGGCAAGGCGACUUGGAUGAUGAGAGCCAGUCUGAAUCCCCAUCUGAGAUGGCAAAGAAGCACGGGGUGAAACCUGAUAAAGGCAAUGUUUCCCCAGAUGCACAGAAAUGGCUCCUGAAGCUGAAGGAUUUGGAUGUCAACUGGGUGGAAUACUAG